UGUGCAGCUCUGGGACUGUCGACAACUCUGCCACUCAGAGGAGAAGCUGCAGCGAGGGCGAGUCCACACACUGGAAACUGCCUGAUGGUGGAGAAGGAGAAGCUGCAGCUGCUGCAGGCCACUCUAAAGGGCAUGUUAUUGAAGGAACCACAUCUCUACAGAGGACUUAACUCAAGUCAGAUUCCAACUUGACUGCCACUGGUUAUGAGCAUCUGCACUCCGAGACUGAUACGGCUGGGGGUAAGAUGUUUGUGGAGUCAGUCGUCCGAUGGGGGGCUUGGAGCAUCCUGCUCCACUUUGGACUGGGUGUAUCUGCAGGAAGCUGUCCUCCACGCUGUGUGUGUCGACCUGAGGCUAAAGAAGUCAUCUGCUCUGGCAAACAUUUGAACUCAGUGCCAGAGGGCUUUUCCAGCGAUGCCAGGCGUUUGGAUCUAUCCCACAAUAAGAUUAAGACUGUCGGGCGCCGCCAGUUCUCUGGUCUCCUACAGCUUCAAGAGUUGGAUCUCAGUGAUAACAUAAUCUCCAUGAUUGAGGUGGAGGCUUUCCAGGGCCUACAGAAUCUCAGGACGCUUCGGAUUAAGAAUAACCGUCUCAAGAUUAUCCCGGUUGGGGUGUUUUCUGGCCUUUCCAGUCUGCGAUUUUUGGAUCUGAGCCAGAAUGAGAUCCUGGUGUUCCUGGACUAUACCUUCAAAGAAAUGGUGAACCUGCAAACACUGGAUGCUGAGGAGAAUGACUUAGUCUUCAUCUCCCAGCGGGCUUUUUAUGGACUGCAGAAUCUGCAGGAGCUCAAUUUAGACCGCAGCAAUCUGACCUCUGUUCCUACAGAGGCAUUGUCCCAGCUCCAGAGCCUGACACGUCUUCGCAUGCUGCGCCUCACCAUUUCUACUCUUCCCAACAACGCUUUCCGGCGACUACACCGUCUGCGCAGCCUCUUGAUUGCAAACUGGCCAGCACUGGACACUGUGGCUAGCAACAGCCUGAUUGGUCUUAAUUUGACCUCGCUCAUCAUCAGCAGCUGCAACCUCAGUGUUGUUCCUUACGCAGCACUUCGUCACCUGGUUUAUCUGCGCUACCUGGACUUGUCCUACAACCCCAUUACUAUUAUCCAAGGUAAUCUGCUCGGGGACCUCCUGAGACUCCAGGAGUUACACCUAGCAGGCGGGAGCUUGCUACGAAUAGAGCCGGGGGCCUUUCGGGGACUGGCCUAUUUUCGGAUGCUUAACGUUACAUCCAACCUGCUCACUACUUUGGAGGAGAGCGUCUUCCACUCUGUGGGGAAUCUUCAGGUUUUGCGGUUGGACGGGAAUCCCCUCGCAUGUGACUGCCGCCUUCUCUGGGUUGUCCGCCGACGAUUGCGCUUGAACUUUGACGGGCAUCAGCCCACGUGUUCGUCUCCCGAUGCAGUGAGACAGCGUGAAUUCAGAGACUUCUCAGAGAAGGAGCUGCCGAGGCUGUUUACCUGCCGCCCUGCCCGUAUCAUGGACCGUAGGCCGCAGGAGGCGAGAGUAGAAGAGGGCACGACAGUUCUCUUCUCCUGUAAGGCUGAUGGAGAUCCAUUCCCGUCUAUCACCUGGAUCUCAUCCCAUAAGAAUGUGGUUUCUCCAACAGGACGAAUCAGAGUUUUAGCCAAUGGAACUCUAGAAGUACGUUUUGCCCAAGUUCAGGACAGCGGGACUUAUCAGUGCCUGGCGGGCAACGCCGCAGGCAACGACAGCCUGACUGUCGGUCUGUACGUGAAGGGGCUCCCUCGGAACCGAACCAUCCCCUUCUUCUCAGAGGAGGGCUGGCAGGAGCCUUCAAACUCCCAAGCUGCCAACUCCUCAGCUCAAAUGGCCAAACCGUACCCGUUUGAUGCAAAGACCUUGAUCAUCGCCACCACCAUGGGCUUCCUGUCUUUCCUCAGCUCAGUGGCCAUCUGUUUUGUCUUCAUGUUCUUCUGGAGCCAGAGCAAAGGUCAGAUCAAGCACACGGCGACAAUUGACUUUGUUCCUCGGUCUUCAAUGGGUGGUGGAGGAGGGGACGGAGGUGACGGUGGCAGAUUCACCAUGAAACUUAUUUAAAGCCAAGGAAGAGGUGAAAGGGGUCUCCAUAUUGACUGAGUUCUUCUGCACUAUGGACCCCUCCCACUGGGACACUCAAGGACCUCUGUUCAAAACCUCUCUUGAAGGUGAAUGAGAGCCAGUUUGUUGGGCUUGAGCUCGCCCUUUCUAAUUUUAGAGUGGAAAGUUACAUCUCAGCACCCACUUUGCUAACAAAUGAAUAUCUCAUGAUCCUGGAAUAGAAAGAUGUUAACAGAUUUUAGGCAGAGCUCUCUCUCAUGGUUGCUGUGCAUUUGUUUUCACCAACUUUAAAUAAGAAAAUGACCACUUGUCUAGCACAGUUGUAAUUUUUUAAGUUGCAUGUAAUUACAAACUACUUUUAAUAUUCACAGUUUUUGGGAUUAACACGUGAAGACACAGCUUUCUGCAAUGUCAAACACAUCAGGUGCUUAUUUAAUCAUCCAUGUUGUACAAGUGUAUUCAGCUUAAUGUCUUCACUUGCCAAUACAAGCCAAGAAAACAUUUGCCCUUUUGAACCUUGGGCUGCUAUUUCUGCUUACCCACAGAGGAUCAUGUCAAAGACUGCCAAUUCAGCAGUGGCUUUAAGUGUAUGUGACUACAAAGCUUUUGAUAGUUGCAAUAAAUAUAUGGAAUAGUCUAGCCAGAAAAAAAGUGAACCCAUCAUCAAAUUUUGGACAUUUUGGAGCUUUGCAGUAUGCUUCAGGAAUGCUGCAUUGGAGUUUUGCUUUCUGUCAUGAGAACUGCUUACUUUGUAGUGUAGCAGUGCAAAAGGGACUGUUAGCAUCCCAUAAUGUACAUAGGAAUGUAUCCUUUCCCAUUUUAUUUAAAAAACAAACAAACAAACAAGUAUGUCAGGUCCAAAUCACUGGAUCACUGUCUUUCUUUUGCAUUAUUUUAUCAUGUAAUUGCAAUAGAUGACUUUUUGUUCUAUCAGAAGAUUCCCCCUUUUUAUACUCAAGAAACCACUUUUUUUUAUUUUCUACCCACACAAAACACUGAUAAAUAUGUGCCUCAGUAACAUUCUCACCGUGGACAGAGAGAAUGCUCACCUGAUCAUUGCUAUCUUGUAAAUAUUUAGGUCACGGGCGUUUCUGUGCACUGGCUUUAUUCUAUCAUUUUAUCUAGUUCUGGGGAUUAGUGUCACUCAAAUACGGCACUCUUGUGUAUAAACGUAACUGUGAAGAUGCACUACGCACAACGUAAUGCUUUAUUUUGCCAGGAAAAGAGGAUAUAAAUGAUGCAGAUGUCUAGCAUUGACAGAUUUGUUUAUUUGCCAUCUUGUUCAUACAUGACAGAUUCUUUUUUUCAUUUUACUUUAUUAAAUGCCUAUAUUUAAACCUG